AUGGAGCAUGAAUGUGAGCAACAACAUUUCACGCCCUUAGUUUUUACCUCUCACUCGGGAAAAGUAUUCCAGGUGGAAAUUGAUGAUAUUGCACAAUUGUCGCCGAAGCACGGCAGAUCCAACAGUGUGGUAUCAAUCAUUGAGUUGAGAACUUCAUCUCCAUCUCCAAAAUUAUCUGCCCUAGGAGGUUUUGAUGGCCAUGGAUCCGAGACUCCACAACUUUCAAAAGCCCUGCCUUCACACCAGCGGAAACGUUCCUCGUGCGGAGGCUCUCCUCUUAUUUCCUUCACGACUUCUACACAGUCGUGUGAGAAAAUGGGAAAUUCGGGCAUAAAAUCAUCGUCAUCUCGCAAGAAGCAACCGGAAAAUUCGUUGUGUGAUGAUUUCCAGGAGGGUGAGGAGUUCGAUGUUUGCAAAGCUUAUAUGGUUUACAAUGAAUAUGGCGAACUGGUUGAUGCUCAUAGCCAUCUUCAAACCAAAAACACCCAAGACUUGUCAGUCACAGAAAUAUUGAGAUUGAUCAAAAGAGCAUACCACCAUGAUUUCAGAUCGAGAAUGAACGAUAUCGAACAGAUCAAGGGCCAAAGCUCACUGAGCUCAGAAAAGGGCAACUUAACAUCUGAGGAAAAAUUGUCAUAUUGGGAAUACAACCCGAGCUCAUCGACGAAGACUACACCGGUCAGUGGGGAGCUGCAGUCUCGGUCUGUUCCUGUUUACCAAGGUCCUCCUCGGGUUUUGGAGAUUGGGUGUAGCGAUGGGAGUUGGUGUUUCAAAGUUAAGGAAGACCAACCAGAUUGGACUGUGGAGGGAAUUGAUGAGACAGACCACUGGUCUUGUGUGCAAAGAGACAUUCAACUUAAGGAUUUUAUUGUUCCGACUCCCGAAAUGGACAUGUCCGAUUAUUUCAGCCGUGUCAAUUCUUCACAAACCCAAACCGCCCCUGCCUUUAAUGUUCGAAACCUCAAUUGUCUACUGGUGCACGCAGAUCCUAUUCCACAUAAUCUAUACUCCUUUAUCCGUGGAAGAGAUGUCUUCGACAGAGUUGAGAGUUACAAGAGCUUUUUGGAUGAUGUUCGCUUAAUUCUACAACCUGGUGGAGUUGUGGAAUUUUUGGAAGUUGACCCUAGACCGAGAUCAAAAUUGGCAGGUCAUACUACUGUGAAUCGUGAGGAAUAUCACCAGAGCGUACCCCAAACUGACUGGACUGAUAAUAUUGCCGAUCGCCUCAAGCGACCAUCUUACGAUAGUGAACUUGCAGAUACAGUUCCCGGUUGGAUGGAAAGAGUCAUGGAACGCCAUAAAGCAAUAUUGCGUCCACGUGAUGGAAUUCCUGCCGUCAAUCUGAAGUCUUGGCUAGAAGGGGCAGGAUUCUGGGAUGUCAAAGAGAUUGUUCAUCGACUACCUGUAGGAGGAUCUGCAACUACCGGUCAGCGUCUGAAGGACUUCAUCCUAUACCAGAUUGAGCUCGAGAAUGACAUACCUCAGCUUCGUGAGAGGUUGUUACCUGUUGAGAUUGAGGAGAUUGAGAGUGGCAAUCACUACCUCACCUUGCACAUCGUAACGGCACGUAAGCCGCGCUGCCCCGAGCUGGCGACCUUCUCAUGA